AUGCAUAAAGUGGUCCUGUACCAGGAACUUGCGUUAGAAAAAUGUCAUCGUCAUCCAACUAAAGCAUUAGAUAUGCUGUGUGGGAAAUGUCAGGACCCACUUUGUUAUAAAUGUGCACUGACUCCAUACCAUAGGGAACACAAUUUACUGGAACUUGAAGAAAUCCAUUUAAAAGAACUACAUGCAUUAAAGAUCAAAGCAUAUUUCCUGCCUGCUUCAAAAGGCGUUCUUGCUGAAAUCAAAGACGAUGUCAUAAAGGUAGAGAAAAGAAUUGACGAAAUAAAGAGAGUUAUGAAGGCAGAAGCUAAAGCUGUCAAGUAUGAAGUUGACACAAUAUUAUCACAGAACAUGAAUCAAUUAGACCAGCUAGGAAAAGAAAUUCUUCAUGACCUUGACAUCCAAAAGAAUGUUAUGGAUGAUUAUAUAUUAUAUCUUAAUGAAAUUUUAGACAACGGUGUACCAAAACUGCGAUAUCAAGAGCAAAGAACAGAGAAGAUAGAUGCACCGAAGCCUAUACCAGAUACAUUUAAGAUUGACCUUCCAAUAUUCACUCCUGCACAGUUCAACAGAGAUGAUAUUUUGAUUUUAUUGGGUAAAACUAACACUUCAGCAGUGGUAAGGGAAAAAAGAAAUGUUAAUAUUGAGAACCAACUUUAUACUGAUAAGUCAUUCUUUAACGAGGAAUCUUAUGGGAAAAAGAUCGAAAAUCCAAGGAAGGAGAAACGGACAACUUUGUCUUCCUCUAUCAUUCAAGUCAGGGAUAUCACUGUACCAGGUUUGUGCUACACUUGCCACAUCUCGCUAGAUAAGUCAAAUAGACUUUGGGUCAGUGAUUUAAAUGGUCACCUCAUCCAGACCAAUCUUCUUGGGACCCAAGAGAGGGCAGUUAAAGGAAGUGCUAUAGGAGCAGCUAACCACACGGUGUCUGAGGGUGGGGAUCUAUUGUUUAUAGACAACCAAAAUAGUACAAUCCAAAGGCUCACACCUGAGAAGAUGGUAGAAUUCAUCACAACAAAGGACUGGAGACCUAUUAGUAUCUAUUCAUCUCAAAUCAAUGGGGACGUACUGAUUGGAAUGAUUACAGACAACGAUGCCAAAGUGAUACGAUACAAUAAGACCGGAGAGAAAAUUCAGGAUAUAAAGAAGAAAGGAUUGAUUCAUAAUCUCUAUGAGUUUCCAGGCCACCUUACGGAAAAUAUUAAUGGAGAUAUUUGUACUUCAGAUUGGGGCACAAGAGCAGUAGUGGUAGUAAAUAAAUCAGGCAAACAUCGAUUCUCCUACACCGGUCAACCACUGCAAUCAGAAUUCUGGCCCCGUGGGAUCUGUACUGAUGUCCUUAGUCAUAUCCUGGUGUGCGAUGAUUACAGUCAAUCUGUCCAUCUUAUGGAUCAGGAUAGCAAUUUCCUGUCCCUCCUUAUAACACAAGAAAAUGAAAUUAAAAGACCCCGUUCUUUGUGCAUUGAUGAAGAGAGCAAUUUGUAUGUGGGAGAGUAUGAAAGUAACUUAGUUAAAGUGUUCAUUUAUCUAGAAUGA